ACCGUAGCACCGCUACGCUUCGUAGCCAGUUAUCUCGCGCGCCUCAGCCUUUCCGCUCGCGUAUCGCUCCGCGUCGUUCACUCAACUAACCCACUUUCUAUUCGUCAGUUUCAACAGUGAAUAAUUUUCAAACUUCACAUUCCAUUUUCAAAUGGAUAGAGCGUUUUUUGUUUUUUCAUUCAGUGGCUAGUGUUCAAUUAUGAAUGUUAUUGGAGUUAGUUCUUAUCGAUGAAAUAAAGCCGAGAUCGCAUGGACGACGUUAGCGUUCCGGGCCGUCGCGGCCGCCGGACGACACCCGUUCCCCGUUUGGCACAUUCCUUAUCUAUAACGAUGCACUGAGGUUCGGUAGCAAGACCUGACAACAAAACUCAGACAAUAAUAGCAGCCUUCAAUAGCAAGCCUUUAAGAUGAUGAAUUCUACGGAGACCAGCCUCGACGUCAACCGGUCCACGCCGAUAUACACAAUCGGUACCAGCUUUAUAACACAAUGGAAACUACAGAAAAUGAGACAGAGAACAUGUUUAACCAGCACUGGGGGGUACCAAGAGUGUCAGGGCGAGUACUUGGUGGCGAACGGCACAAACUACACUGACAUCUACUAUUUCAACAACACAUUUGAAAACAUUCUCACAGUCAAUGGUGGCUUGCAACCAGUACUACCGCCUUUCCCGCUGUGGUUGGCGGCCAUCUUUGCAACGUGUCUCGUUCUGGUCAUUCUACUGACGGUCAGCGGUAACGUGCUGGUACUCCUCGCUUUCCUGGUAGACAGGACCAUUCGUCAGCCCAGUAACUACUUCAUCGCCUCGCUUGCUGCCACCGACCUGUUAAUAGGUACUUUGUCACUUCCAUUCUACACUGACUACGUUCUAAAGGGCUACUGGCAUUUAGGGCCCCUACUAUGUGACCUUUGGCUGUCUGUCGACUAUACAGUAUGUCUUGUCUCACAAUACACAGUCCUGCUUAUAACUGUAGAUAGAUUCUGCAGCGUGAAAAUAGCGGCUCGGUAUAGAGCCUGGCGUACGAAAAAUAGAGUUAUCUGGAUGGUAACCGUAACAUGGAUCAUCCCAGCUUUACUAUUCUUUACGACAAUAUUCGGAUGGGAACAUUUUGUUGGAUACAGAGAUUUACAAGAAGGCGAAUGUGCCGUACAGUUUUUGAAAGACCCAAUAUUCAAUACAGCUUUAAUCAUAGGCUAUUAUUGGACUACGCUGUUCGUUUUGAUUGUACUUUAUGCUGGCAUUUUUAAAACAGCGUAUGAUAUGCAAAAGAAGAGUGAAGCGAAGCAAAGAAAGAUGCAGUCAAUGGUUGCUUUGAGUGCUGGUGUUAUGACAGGAAUGGCUGGUCGAGCAGCCGGUAUGGCAGCCUUAUCGAAAGCUACUAUAUCCAGUGAGGAUCAAAUGAAAGUAUCAGAGUCAAUGCGAAAAGAUUCCACAUCAAAAGGGUCUCUAGCAGCUCCAUUACUUAAUCUUGGCGGAUCUAGUGACUCUAAUUCAAGUCAAAAGUCUUCAGCUCACAAAAGUAGUGCUACUGUAACUGGUACUUCUACUACAGCUGAAUCUGACGGAGAUAAGAAAGAGGAUCAGGUAGAAGCAGAAAGGUCGAGCAGCCCGGCUUUUGACUCUGAUGAAGAAAGUACUACGCAGACGAAUGUUAAGAAACGGCCGUCAGUGGCCAACUUGGUGAUGCAAACAGGUGCUAUUCAAUUACUGAAUAACAUGCGACUCAACGGCGGUAUGAUGAUUAAAACUGAUAUGAAACAGUCGCCAAUACUUAAACAUGAGAUUGAAAAGCCAAAAUCAUCGUUAUCACAGAUAUCAGAGAAGAGUUUACUCGAUACUGACAACCCUGAUACAUCGCAGGGUACUGACAAUAUUCCUAUACCAAAUGUGCCGUUGUCUACCGCUAGUAUUAUGUCUCCAUUGUCAUCUGGUAUAACAACACCGUCCGAACAAAGAGAAGUAUCGACCACAAUUGCUCAAAGAAUCAUUCCACCCCCAACAGAAUUCAGGUGUAGUCCUCCAGUAUCUGAAAGCCCUCCAUCACAUUCAGAAUCAUCUCGCACUAGGACUGUAAGACUUAUGAAAGGUGAUGGCACGUCAUAUGAUAUGCUCGUAGGUAUGGAUGGAGCAGACUUGAGAUAUAUGGAUGAGAGUUCUGUGAAUGUGCCAUCGCCUACCUACGAGAGCCCACCCUCGUCUGUUACAUUCCCCACCGCUACUGCGACUGAACCAUCAUCUCCGCCUACAUUAAAUUCAGGUAACGAAACUAACAAGUCUUUAUUACAAGCAGCUUUAAUACGAGCGACCGCAGAAGCUCAAGUAACACAGCCUAAAACGAAUUUCUCCCCGCCUCCUCCAAUUAAAGUAAAUACAGAGGUGAGUUUAACUACAGGCGAACGUUCCAAGCCUGUCAUUACUCUUGUAUCGUCGUCUUCCAACAACAAUGAACCUCAGCCUCCAAAGCCGGUUGGGGUGCGUGCCAGAAGACCUCCCCGUGGUGCACCCUGGGUGCGGGCGACAGUCUCCCUAACGGGAUGGUGA